GCCUGCUGCGCGUCUCCGUGCUGCUUGGGAGCGCGCCCCGGGGCUCCACCCUGACUCCUGCAGCGGGCUGGGUCUGCAUCCUGAGGCUGGAGCUGGCGGGUCCUGGACAGGAAAGGAAGACCCAGAGUGGCUCUUAUAUGUUUGUGGGAAAAAAUGUAACUGGAUUUCUGAUUCAUGGAACUUCAAAGAAAACAGAGAAGAUGGAUUUCAGGAUUUGCAAAAGGAACAAGUUUGGGCAGUUCUGAAGAUUGAAAUUUUGUGAACUCAUAAAAUAGUAACUUCUGGAAUAACUAUCUAGCACAGUCUGGUAGGACAUUUCCAUGGUGGAAGAAUAAAGACACCAUCUGAGGACUGGAAACUGUGUAAAGCCUACCGUCACUGACUCAAAGUUCAAGCUCGCAGUCUACAUGGUCUGAAAAACUAGAAGCCAAGAAUUAACACAAAUUUGGCCCAGACAACCUGUUUGAAAUGUGGUGGUUUCAGCAAGGCCUCAGUUUCCUGCCAUCAGUACUUGUGAUUUGGACAUUUGCUACCUUCGUAUUCUCAUACAUCACUGCAAUAACACUCCACCAUGUUGAUCCUGCAUUGCCCUAUAUCAGUGACACUGGUACAGUAGCUCCAGAAAGAUGCCUCUUUGGAGUAAUGCUAAAUAUUGCUGCAGUUUUAGGUAUUGCGACCAUGUAUGUUCGUUACAAACAAGUUCAUGCACUGAAUCCUGAAGAGAACCUUAUCAUCAAAUUCAACAAAGCUGGCCUUGUACUCGGGAUACUGAGUUGUUUAGGACUUUCUCUUGUGGCAAAUUUUCAGAAAUCAACACUAUUUGUUGCACAUGUAUGUGGAAGUGUGCUUGCCUUUGGUAUGGGUUCAUUAUACAUGUUUGUUCAGACCAUCCUUUCCUACCAAAUGCAACCUAAAAUUCACAGCAAACAAGUCUUCUGGGUCAGACUGCUGCUGGUUAUCUGGUGUGGAGUAAGUGCACUUAGCAUGCUGACUUGCUCAUCAGUUUUGUACAGUAGUGAUUUUGGUGCUGAUAUAGUACAGAAACUACACUGGAACCCUGAGGACAAAGGUUAUGUGCUUCACAUGGUCACUACUGCAGCAGAAUGGUCCAUGUCAUUUUCCUUCUUUGGAUUUUUCCUGACCUACAUUCGUGAUUUUCAGAAAAUUACUUUGCAUGUGGAAGCCAAUUUACAUGGACUGACUCUCUAUGACACUGCUCCUUGCCCUGUUAGCAAUGAAAGAACACCACUGCUUUCCAGAGACUUUUAAUGAAGGGUAAAAUACUUCUGUGAUAAUUAUGAUUCUCAGGGAUUUGAGAAAGAUGAACAAACGUUGCUUAUUAUACUCUGAAGAUUUGAAAUAGUUAAUCAAGGCUGGCAGUGACAUUAAUGAAAGUGGUAAUCAGGAGAAAUGUAAUAAGCCAUCUGAUAAGUUUUCUUAAAAGGAUGCCAUUAAGAAGAUUAUCUAAAAACAUUUAUGCCUAGACUUUUUUUUAAUCUCAGAAAAUAAAACCAAAGGAUAAUACCAUUGUAGUGUUUGCUAUUUUAUUGAAGAAAAACAGACUGAAGUACACCAAGUUGUCUAUAUAACUGGCCUUAAAUAUUUUGUAAGUCAUUUAAAAACAUCUUUUGUUAGGAGCACUUUUAUGAGACAUUUUCCAUAACCCAUAAUAAUCAGCAUUGGUCAGCAGAUCAUUUAGAAUCAGGGUUUGAAGUUGAAGUUUUACCUUAUUAAUACAUUUCUUAUAGUGCUUAAAUAUGUGUCACGUUGUUGUUGUUGUAUAACCCCCCUGUAAAUAAGACCUGGCCUGAGUUCAUAUGAGUUCUUUGAAGGCUUCAGUUUUGCACACAAAAAAGUCAUUGGUAUUUAUUUGAUUCCAGACACAUGAAUACUAACAGAUCUAUCAUGUGUGCUUGCAAUAAUUUCAUAGAGUCUAGUCUCUGAGAUUAGAUUUUUAAUUACCAGUAAAAGAAAGAGGUAUUGUUGUAAACACUUCACCAUCUUCUUCUCUAUAAAAAUAAAUGUUAUGGCUGAUGACAUUGGCAACCUGAUGACCCGAAUUCAAUACAUAGGACCCGCAGAGUGGGAAGGAGGAAAAGACUCCUCUGACCGUUAUCCUCUGACCUCCAUAUGCACACACACAAUGAAGAAAUGAAUGUGAUAGCUGAUAAUACACAAACGAUGGUUGACAUUCCAAAAUAAGAUUGCAAAGUCGGUAAACCAAAGUAGAUAUGAUUAAUAACAAAUAAAAUUACUCUACACUCCA